AUGAAGAAAUCUAUUUCAUUCGAUAUAACAAAUAAUAUUCAGCAGAUUGAUCUUGAUGUCAUAACUCGACAUAAAUUUCGAUUAGAAUUUGUUCAUUAUGUACGAACAGCAUUAGAAAAAAUGCGUGAAAUAAAAACAAGAUCAAGAAAUAAAAAUGUACAACACAAAGCAGCAAUGGAUCAAAUUCAAAUAUUAGAAAAGAAUAUAAAAAACUAUGCAGAUGGAAAAGAUGAGUUUAUCAAAGACUUAUUUAAAGAUUUAACAGGACAAGUACAACAAGCUAUCGAAAAAGAAGAAUGGUUUAAUAAAUGGGGUAUACACUUUUUACCUAGUUUAACACGUGCUCAUCUUCUUCAAUUUUGUAAUAAUUUUAAAGAUCCAGGCGUUCAACACUAUGGAAAAGGUACACUUUUCUCACAAGUACGAGAUGAAAUGGAUGAAUUAUUUUGCAGUUUACCUGCUCCAAAACAUUUACAAAAUGGUGCUAGGAUAAAUAUGGCAGUUUUUCACGAUGCUGAUGGUGGAUGUUUUCAUGGAGAAUGUACAGUACGUCUUAUGAAUGGAAUCACUAAAUUAGUAAAAGAUGUCAAACCAGGCGAUCGAAUGGCACCACAUGGUGGAAUCGUUAUUUUUGUUGUUAUAACAAAAUGUCAAUAUCAAAAAGCAAAAAUGGUUAUACUUGAAAAUGAUUUGAUUAUAACUGCUUGGCAUCCAAUUCGACAUUGUGGACAAUGGAUUAUGCCUUGUUCACUUGUCUCAUCACCAAAUGAAAUUUCCUGUGAAGCUAAAUAUAAUUUUGUAUUGGAUAAAGAUCAUACAGUGUUAGUCAAUGAUGUUGAAUGUGUAACUUUAGGUCAUGGAUUUAAAGAAGAUGUUGUCCGUCAUAGUUACUAUGGAAGUCAAAAAGUAAUUAAUGAUUUACAGAGACUUAAUUUGGAACAAAAUAAUGGAGGAUUCAUUGAAAUUACUGAAAAAAUGUUGGUGCGUAAUAUAAAAACUGGUCUUGUAAAUGGAUUACAAUCACAACAAAUUUUAGUUCAAUAA